ACGUGAGUGUCUCGCAGUACGAUGCCGCGGCCGCCAAAGAGAAGGAAGCGACGGCGAAGGCCGCGACGUCCAUUCAGUCGGUUGCGCGCGCGGCCCUCGCGCGCAAAAAUGCUGCAAGCAAUGCUGGAAAAGCAUCGGACGAACGACGAGCAUGAUGCCAAGGUGGCAUUGACCACCGGGGGCGAGGCUACAAACGAUGCCAAGGCGACUGCCAAAUCCACGGAUGACGACGACGAGGCCAAGCCGAGCGCCGAGCCGAUACAAGCACCUGUCGACGACAAGACAAGACCGAGCUCGGUCAACGAAGACGAUGGCGCGAUGACCAUUGACGAGUUCAACGACGACGAUGCAAAGCCCGCGCCGGCGACGACGGCAGCCCUCGAAAAAGCCGUGCUGCAGGACGAGUACGACGAAGAGCGCACCAAGCUCGCGGCGCUCAAGGAAGCGAGUGCGCGUGUGAUCUCGCCCUUCUCGCGCGCGCCGCUGCAGUCGAUGCGCAGCGCCAAGCGCGGCUCGAGCUCCCAGAACGCACGGUAG